CACCGCGCCGACCCCUCCCGGUUCCUCGACGAGCGGCACUCGGCGCCGCUGUGCCCGAACGGGAUGAACCCGGCGACGCUGCUGGAGAAGGCCAUGAUCGAGCGGGUCAUCGACAGCUUCUACUUCAAGGACGCGUGCUUCGGGCUGAACGAAGCCGACGUCGUGGACCGGGUCGUGGCGCACGUCACCUUCGUGGGCGGCACCUACGGGUCCUCGCAGAAGCCCACGCCGUUCCUCUGCCUGCUGUUCAAGCUGCUGCAGCUCGGCCCCGGCGACGAUGUCUUGCGCGAGUACCUGGGCUACGGCGGCGACAAGUUCAAGUACCUCAGGGCGCUGGCCGCCUUCUACGUGAGGCUCACGAGGAGGAGCGAGGAUGUGUACAAGACGCUCGAGCCCAUCCUGGAGGACAAGAGGAAGCUGAGGCGGAAGGGCAACCAGGGGACCACGCUGACGUUUGUCGAUCAGUUUGUGGACGAUCUGCUCACCAAGGAGAGGGUCUGUGGUACGAGCCUGUGGCAGCUAACGAAGAGGGAGUUGCUCGAGGACCUGGACAAGUUGGAGCCGAGGGUCAGUCCGUUGGGUGAUAUCGAGGACUUGUUGGAGGAGAUGGAUGCCGAGGCAGACGCGCAGGCCAACGGAGAUGCUGGGAGCGACGAGGGCGAAGUGGAAGAGGUCGACCGUUCAGCUAGAUCGCGAUCUAGGAGUCGAGAGAGUGACCGCUCUAGGCGACGGUCAUACAGU